GUUUUCACCCCAACCGCACAGAAACAAGUCAUGUGAGUGCCUCUCUUCAUAAUGGGCAAUCAUUUGACUACAAAGUGGAUUUAAGGGCUCUAUGCCAGCGCCGUUUGUGUCACUUCAUCAACUUCAGUUGUUUCUGAAAGAACUGAAAAUGGCCUCUUUGGUUCUGAGUUGUUUGUUACUAGUUGCAGUGGUUGCAAUCUCGUCGGGAAAUGGAGUGCGGUAUACGGCCAAUUGGACAAGUAUCGACUCCCGACCGCUACCGGUGUGGUACGACGAGGCGAAGAUCGGUAUUUUCGUUCACUGGGGGGUAUUCUCCGUGCCCGGGUACGGCCAGUUCAGUGAGUGGUUCUGGCAGUCGUGGAGAGGCGCACAUAGAGCAGACGAGGUUGAGUUUAUGAAGAAAAACUAUCCUGUGGGUUUUACAUACGCAGAUUUUGCGCACGAUUUCAAAGCGCAGUUCUUCGACCCUGAUGAGUGGGCUGAUAUAUUUGAAGCUUCUGGAGCCAAGUAUGUGGUGUUCACAUCCAAGCAUCACGAGGGCUUCUGUAACUGGCCGUCUGCAGACUCCUGGAACUGGAACUCAGUGGACACUGGACCACACAGAGACCUGGUGGGAGACCUGGCAGCUGCCGUACGCAAGAGGAAGGGACUGCACUUUGGCCUGUACCACUCCCUGUAUGAGUGGUUUCAUCCACUCUACCUGAAGGACAGAGCUUCUGGGUACAAGACCCAGGAGUUUGUCUUCCGGAAGGCUCUUCCUGAGCUGGUUAACCUGGUGAUGACCUACAAGCCAGAGCUGAUCUGGUCCGAUGGGGAUUGGGAAGCUCCUGACACCUACUGGAACUCAACAGAAUUUCUGGCCUGGCUCUACAACGACAGUCCUAUCAAGGACUUUGUGGUGGUCAAUGACAGAUGGGGGAAUGGUUGUUACUGUAAACAUGGAGGCUACUACAACUGUGCAGACAGGUUCACGCCAGGCUCUCUGCCAAACCACAAGUGGGAGAAAUGCCAGUCCAUCGACAACCGCUCCUGGGGUUACCGAAGAAACAUGAAACUCUUCGAGCUGAUGGACCUGCCCACCAUCAUAACGGACAUGGUGUAUGUGGUGGCCCUGGGUGGUAACUACCUGCUGAACAUAGGCCCCAUGUCGGAUGGUAUGAUCCCCCCAGUGUUUGAGGAGAGGCUGAGGGGCAUGGGGGCCUGGUUGGGGGUCAACGGAGAGGCCAUCUACUCCUCCAAACCCUGGAGGCUCCAGGGGGAGAACACCACCGUGCCUGUCUGGUACACCUCAAAGAACAACACGGUCUAUGCCAUACUGCUGGAAUGGCCUUCCAAACUUCUGUUUGACCUCGCAGCACCCAAAACCUCUAAGGCCACUAAUGUCACUAUACUGGACGACCCGUCCGUACCUCUGAAGUGGGUAGCAACGGUACCGACCGGACUGGUGGUACUCAUGCCUGACAUCAUGCCAGUUUCCCCGGGACAAGGCUGGGUCCUGAAACUAGAGGGAGUGGUGUGAGAGGCGGUGUACAUAAAAGCAGUUUUUAAUUAUUAUACGUUAAGAUAUAAUGACUGUGUUAAUGUUUUUAAAAUGUAAGUUUCAGGGGUUUGAAAUGUGAUUCUUUUUAGGACUCUGACACUGGUUGAAUUGUGUGAGUCAGCUGAAGCCGAGCUAUCUUGAAUGUGCAAUAAACAGCGGCUCUGCAGUAUCUCUAUCAACAAUGGCCUCCUUUU